AUGGUGAAAACACCGCAAUCACAGGCAUUGUGCCACUGCCUUACCUGCCGCAAGCUGUCUGGCGGUGGAUACACCACGUGUUUCCUUAUCCCAGAUCCUGACAGUAGCCCCGAAGCCGCAUCCAACUUCAAGCUCCAAUCCAAGACAAACACCCCUCUGCAUGAGAGCUCAACCGUACAUGAAAUCGGUGUCAAGAUCAAAUUCUUCGGCUGCGCCAAGUGUCCAAGCAUGAUAUACAAGACGGCCCCCGAAGGAUUCCCAGGUGUCAUCAUCAUGUUCGCCGGCUCUCUGGAUGGCGAGGAAGGAGGAGAUCUCAGGGCCAAGGGUGGUGCGGAAAGCCUCGGCAGUCCACAGUCCGAGUUGUGGGUGAAAUACCGGCUUCCGUGGCUGAAAGAGGUGGACGGGGCAAAGCAGUGUCAGCAAUUUGAUGAAUAG